AUGGUCACAAAAGACUGGUUUCCCCUUGACUCUGCCACUGCAAAUGUUCUUGUCGUGGUGGUUGGUAUAAUCUUUAUCUUGGUUCAGGCUAGAUCGAGAAAACUAAAUCCAUCUGGUUUGCCAGUUUUCAAUGACCGCAAAUGGUUCGAGUUCGGCUAUGACAAAGCCAAAAAACGGUACAUUGCCGAUCCAGAGAGUCUCAUCAGAUCUGGUUUGAAAAAGGUGCGUAUUGCUGUGUUCACCCAAUCGAUGCUAGCAUUGAUGCCUGAACUUGAGAAUACCGGUUUCCGCUUGAUUCUAAGCCCCAAAUAUGCCGACAUGAUUCGAAAUGAUGACAGACUUGAUCUGGGUCAGUUUCUAGGUAGUGACUUCCUUACAGGAAUACCGGGGUUUGAGCCACUCUCCAACAUAGCCUUGGAAUCAAAGAUUAUCCAGACAACUACGAAGACGAAAAUAACACGUCAGACUCCCAAACUCGUCAGCCCACUUACCGAAGAAGCUGCUAGGGCUAUGGAUCGUAUCUGGAGUAAAGAAUCAGAGUGGCACCAAGUCAACUUGAAAAAUACAGCAAGUCAAAUUGUGGCACAAAUGGUGUCUCGAGCCUAUCUUGGUAAUGUCGACUUGUGUCGGAAUCCAGCCUGGUUACAGCUUAUGUACGACCUGUUGGAAGAAUCAUUCAUCACCGCCCAUAUUUUGCGCCGCUGGCCCAGACCCUUGAGAAGUCUUGCUGCCUGGUCUAUUCCGAACUAUAGAACAGUUCGAGCACAGCUGAAAGAAGCCACGGAAUAUCUGCAGCCUCUGUUUGACGAAGAAAAACGACCUGUUUCACUCAAUCACAAUGAUGACCCAGAUGCAAAUGCGAUUAGCUGGCUCAAAAAUGCGAGCAAAGGCCGCGCAUAUAACUUUGCUACAUUGCUGAUUACGCUUGGGUUUGCUUCACUUGAUACGUCGGCGGACCUACUCGUAAAGGUUCUCUGUGACCUCUCCGACAAUGCAACCUUGGUAGAUGACAUUCGAAAUGAAAUCAUUGAAGUCGUUGGAAAGGAGGGAUUGACCAAAUCUUCUAUUCAAAAUCUACGCCUUCUGGACAGUGCAAUGAAGGAAAGCCAAAGGAUCGCACCACUCGCCUAUGUCAACAUGUUGCGUCUCGCAAAAGAGAAAGUAGUCCUACCCGAUGGAUUAAUUAUACCGAAGGGAACUGCACUGAUGGUCUCGGCCUGCCAUAUGAUGGACUCCUCAGUCUGGACGGAUGGAGAAAAAUACGACGGAUACCGAUUUGCCAAUCUACGCAAGAGCGAGAAGGAUUCCACGUAUAGUCCUUACCUAUUCACUUCAACGAGUCCUGAUCAUAUGGGCUUCGGGCACGGGAAACAGGCGUGUCCUGGAAGGCACUACGCUGCCACCCUAGGCAAGAUAGCACUAUGCCAUAUUCUAUUGAAGUAUGACUUUGAUGUGAUAUUACCGCCAGAAGGUCGCAUAGCGAUGCGUGGGCAUAACAUGUUAGCGAACUCAAACAUCAGGAUCAACCUUAGGCGACGGGAAGAAGAAAUUCAUUUGUGA